AGUUGACAGAGCCCGACUCGAUCGGCCGGUGCGACAGUGAAAUCAGUUGGCCAGUGCCCUUCGAGCCCUCGGCUGGGCGGAGGUGGAGCUGCGGCAAGGGCCCUGCCCGGGUGUCCGGCAGCCGCGUCCUUGAUGGACCAUCGCCACGUCGGACGGUGGGAUGGCCGGGAUGGCAGCUUGGCCGGCGACGCUUAUCGUCGCCCCAUCGGCGCGACGACGAUCUCAGUGGCCCUGCAUUCUUGCGUGGAGAGCGAGAAAGAAAGCGUGUGGGGGCGCCCUCCGCCGCUGUCUAUGGCCAGAGAACGUGACCAGCCCUAGGCGGCGCUGUCCUGGUUUUGAGGCUAACUCGGAAAGUGAACCGGUAUGAAAAGGCGGCCACCGUGGCAGGAAGCCGUAUUACGUCUCUUGCCAGGCUGCUCUGCUGCACGCUCGCCAUGAUUGCCGCUCUCGCUCUGGCUGCCCUGCUGGGAUCCGUGUCCGCCCAGCGCGGAGAUGAUUUCAACUGCCCAGACCAGUUCGGCUUCUAUCCGCACCACAAGAGCUGCGACAAGUACUACGCGUGCAGCAACGGAACGGCGAGUCUCAAGACGUGUGGCAAUGGCCUGGUCUUCGACGAUGUGGAUCCGCUGCGCGAGAACUGCGCCUACCCCUUCUCGGUGACCUGUGGGGACCGAACGGACCUCGAGCCCCCGAUCAGCACCCCCAACUGCCCGCGGCUGUACGGCAUUUUCCCGGACAACAACAACUGUCGCGUCUUCUUCUCGUGCUGGAACGGCGAGAGCUCCAGGUACGAGUGCCCUCCCGGCCUCGCCUACGACAACGACCAGCGUGUCUGCGUCUGGGCCGACAUGGUCGACCGCUGCGACCAGCGCGAGGUGGCUGAGGGCUUCGUGUGCCCGGACCCUGCCGACGUGGACCAGCCAGGCGUGUUCACCAGGCACGCCCACCCGACUGACUGCCGCAAGUUCUACGUGUGCAUCGAGGGCCAGGCCAGGCCCUACGGCUGCAGUCUGGGCACUGUCUUCAACGUGGACUCGCUCCAGUGCGACGACCCGGAGAACGUCCAGGGAUGCGAAAACUACUAUGGUGACCUGGACGUGAAGACGCUGAAAAAGGCCCAGAACCAGAACCCCAAGAAGGGCGGCAAGUCUGGCUCCUCUUCGUCCGACGACUCUUAGACGAACGGCUUCGAGAACAUGCUCCUCAUCAGUGCCGCGCUCCCCGGCCGGCCCCGAAACCUCAGCACCGGUGCUGUAACUCCGGACAUUCGCAGCAUCAGCGGUGGACCUCCUGGUCUUGCCGACACCUUUGUCCCGGUCUCGACAAGACGGAGCCGAUUGUGUUGUUUUUUUCUUAAUUUUAAGGUAUCCUCUCUAGAUGUAAACAAAAUAUGCCUAUAGCGAGGGUAGGCACAUUGACAACUGAACCUCUACGCUAGUAGGCGUUGUUGAGGGCAAACUGAGAGAAGGGGACGCUGCUGGGGUUGCGGCUCACUUUAAUAAACACCUUCAUCAGCUGGCGAUUCAGUCAAGACGGAAGAAAGCAUUUUAUGUCAUUAUAAUAAAUUUUAUAGUCUUCGG